AUGUCUGCACCACCAGUCCUCCUUUUCCUAGGCGCCGGAAAGAAACUCGGCACUCAGGUCCCUGCUAUAUUCGCCGAGGCAGGAUACAAGAUUGCCGUAGUAGCGCGAACGCCGAAGGAGGAGUUUGAGAAGCGCGGAUAUUACCAGGUCCAGGCUGACUUCAAUAACCCCGAGAGUAUCCCAGAGGUCUUUGCCAAGGUCCGAGAGAACGUCGGAAUCCCGACAGUUGUUGUUUAUAAUGCUGUGCAAUAUACACUCGAUGAUCCAGAGGACCCUUUCGCCUCCCUUGCGCCAGAGAAUGUCUCGCGGUUUCAUUCCGCUGUCGCUGUAAACGGCACCACUCCGCUUAUUGCAAUUGAGCACGCAAUUCAGGCCUUCAGAUCCCUUCCCACUGGCACACCCGGGAAGUCCUUCAUUUUUACUGGGAAUAUACUUAACCACAGUCAGUUUAAGAAUCGCCUGUGCUUUGGAGUUGGAAAGACCGUGUCCGCCUACGGAGUUAGAUAUGCGUCAGUGGCUUAUGCAAAGGAAGGUUUCAAGUUCUACUAUGCUGAUGAACGCUCGGAGGAGGGGCUUCCUGUAAUGCGAGAGAUUGAUGGGCUCGUAGCUGGGAAAGAAUAUCUCAAAAUCGCCGAGGCGCCGGAACAACUUCCCUGGCUGUAUACAUACACUAUAGGAAGUGGAUAUAAGGACUUUGGAGAGAAGGACUACCUGAAGACUGUUGAUAGCAACGAAUCUCGGUUUUUAAAGGGGGGGCGAUAA